AUGGCCAAUCCUCAGGGCCCGGCCUCGGCUAUGAUUCAUCAAUCAAACCAAGUAUUAUAUCAUUCUGGUUUUGAUGCACAAUCGGGUCGAAUCAUAUCUCAUUCAUGUAGUAUGAAUAGUGGUUUUCCUUAUAAGCAUUGCUACCCUCAAGUGUCAUCACAACAAAUUCCCGCGCAAAAUUUCUACUGCUCAAAACUACCUUUAAUGAGCGGCAAUUUUCCUCAACAAGAUCACCAAGUGGUUUCACAUAUGCAACAACAAUUUGAUCCUUCUUUAUCUCAUCAACCUAAACAACAACAGUUUCAAAAUUCUUAUCAAAAUGGGGAUGAAGGUAAUACUGAUAAUGAUUUUAUCCCGGUUCGUAAUAAUAAAAAAACGAAGAUCCAUCAUCAGACAACUACUGGAUCUGUAACUCAUUCUUCUUCAUCGUACACUGUUCCGAGUCAGACUGCAUCAACAAAUACAGAUAGUAUUACUGAUUCGACAUCGUCUUUUUUACAUAUAUCCAAUCGUCGAUCAAAUAAUACUCGCUCAAACGUUAUCAUCAAUGGUGUAUCACAGCAAGCUCGUAGAUUUGCUGAAACAAGAUAUGCUUUUCCACCGUUCAUUAUUAAAUUUAAUCAAAAUGUUACAGAAAAUGUUAUUAUCCAAGAUCUUGAGCAACAUUAUAAAAAUAUUAAUAAUAUUAAUAUCGAAUUUGACGGUUAUCGGUUGAAACAAAAACAUGAGUUGUUAUUGUUUGUUAAAAAUCGAGAGUCGUUUGCGGCACUAUUCGAUGAAAAAACUUGGCCUCAAACGUUAGGUACUUUGAAAUUUACUCGGGUUUCGCCAAAACAUUUACCUCCACAAUUUUCCAUUGUUCUACGUAAUGUACCAAUUGAUCUUAGUGAUGACGAGUUGUUAAGAGAUAUUCAGGUGGAUCAUUUGGAUGUUUUCAACGCAUUUAGAAUCAUAAACAAAGAAAAGCAACCAACAACAUUAGUUCGUUUAGAUAUUAGUAACCCAACGACAAUGAAUGAUCUUCUACGCAAGAAAUUUAUGUAUGUUAAUAAUGUUCGCUAUUCAUUAAUGGAAUAUGUGAGCCCAAUUAAAGUUUUACUAUGUUCAAAAUGUUUUGAAAUCGGUCAUUUUCGUAGUUCUUGUACACAUCAAUUGGAUGUAUGUAAAACUUGUGGAGAAGGAGUAGCAGAUAUUAAACAACAUCUACUUCAAUGUAAUAAGCGACAAAAUUGUGUACGUUGCAAUGGUGAUCAUGAAUCAAAUGACGUUCGUUGUCCUUUGAUAAAAAGUUAUCGUUCAGCACUAACCAAAUCAUUAUUAACAACAAUAACAACAACGAGUAAUAACAACAAUUAUCAAAAUAAACAGGGAUAUUUUCAAGUUGCCGAGAGUGAAUUCCCAUUGCUUGUUAAUCGUCGUUCAAAUCACUUCAACGAUCGCUUAUCAACUUUAGAAGAUAGAAUGAAACAGCUUGACGAUAACUUAAAUCGAAUUAUCGACAUGAACGAACGAUUCGAAAAAGUAUUAAAUAAACAAAAACAACUAAUGGAAAUACAACAGAUUGAUGUAACAUUUCAACAAGAAUUUGUUAGUCAAUUUGUUACUCCUGUUUGCCAACUUGUUUUAGAAAUUGUUCCAUCAUUAAUUGAGCAAAAUAUGGUCAAAGAUUCAUCAAUAUUAGCUCCAUCAUUAACAGCGUAUUGUGAUAAACUUACAAAUGGGUUUACCAAAUGGAUGACGAGACAUACAGACAAUGAAGAUAAAAAACAGGAAUUAGUAUUAAAACUAAGGCACUCUCAUCAACAACCAGGAAGUAAGAUAACACAGAGUGAUGAUAAUCAAAACGUCAUAUGA